GGGGAUAAACCCUGUGACUAGGAAAGACAAGCUGUCACUCUGUGCUGCACACUUGAGUUGUUUGUGACCACAUGCAUCAUUUGGAAAGAUACGACUCCAGCCUCUGACAUCAACCUUCAUUAACAGUCUCUGCUGGAGUUACUUGGAUGGAUUGUGGACUGUACUGUGCUACCACAUCUGUUCAUGUUGGAGCUAUAAAAAUCAACAUGUUGAUAUCAGUGAUUUCCAUGCAGCUCAUCCCAAGGCCUGACGCUGUUUCCUAUUUUGAAGGGACUUCAGUUUUUCUCAAGUGAACAGUCUAAUUUUGACAAAAGAAAAUGGAGCCCUAAUGCAUCAAUCAGACGUCAGAGUGGAGUCACUUGAACGCCUCACUGAGACCCCCAAACAGUCAGGACUGUUGCUGUGUGUGGAUUAAUGUUUCUAUGUAGUGUGUGUGCGAGCGCAGUGCAGCCUUGGAUCCAUCGUGGAACCACCACGGUCCGCCCGGGCGCCCAGCCUUCGGGCCGGAGACGCUCCAAACCAGCAAUUACUCUCUGGUGUUACUGAUUCAGCUCAGCCUGCUCUCCUUCGACCUGUUUGUAAACUCCUUCAGCGAGCUGCUGAGGACUGAACCGGCUGUGCAGCUCGUACUUUUCAUAAUCCAGGACAUUGCCAUCCUGUUCAACCUGAUCAUCAUUCUGUUGAUGCUAUUUAACACCUACGUGUUCCAGAUCGGCCUGGUGGCCAUAUUGCUGGAGCGAUUUAGAGCUCUGCUAAUGCUCUCUGCUCUCUAUCUGACCUUCAGUAUCAUACUCCAUUCCUGGCUCAUGAAUCUGCGUUGGCUAAACACCAACAGAUUUAUUUGGACAGACGGCCUUCAGGUGCUGUUUGUCUUCCAAAGAGCUGCCUCUGUGUUGUACUACUACUUGUACAAGAGGACCUCGGAGUAUCUAGGCGACCCUCGCCUCUAUGAGGAUUCACCGUGGCUGCGAGAACUCUUUGCUCGGGUCAGACAGUGAUCCCACUGCGACAGAGCAUGAAGCCACUGAGGCCAGAACACGUGUAAAGAUUGCACAAGAAAGAAAUUGUCCACUUAUGUUACACUGACGUAUGCAUAUAAAAAUCCAUACAAUGGAUAAAUAAUUUAAUGCAACUUAUUUGAAAGGUUUCUGAGAUGUAUAACAAUAACAAUUACAUUUGAGAAACAUUCAUCUUCAAAUGCAAAAUAAGACAUACUUUCAGAUCUAAAAUGCAUUUCUUGCAACACAAGAACUACCAAAUCUGUCUGAGAGGAAUCGUAGCCAAUAAAUUUAAUCCACAGAACAUUUCCUUCCAAUGCAGGAGGGACUGUGCCAAAAUCUGGUAAGUCGUUUUAGAACAACGACGUCUCAUCAGGCUAGUUUUGCUGUUCAGAAUUUAAAAUGACGUGAAAAGUGAGAUAAUGAUUCAAAAUACCAGUCACCACAUGCCCUAUUUCUUUUUCUUUUUUGUUAAUGCUAUUGCAGUUGUUUUAUACACAUUUGACACCUUUUGUGUUGCUUUGAAUUCUUGUUUGUUAUGUUGAUAUUGAACAGGGUUUAACUUUAUCAUGGAACUUGAACAGUUACUGAACUCCACUGUCUGUAACAUCUGACCCAUCAUGUGGAUCUAAGCUGGCUGUGUUUCAUUUUCAAAAGUGUUAAAUGCUUAAAAUACAAUA